AUGGGAAUUCUCGCCACUUCGAUUACAAAUGACUCUAUCAUUACACCAGCGGGAUUUUACGUUAUUGGAUUUACGGGUUUAAAGUUUGCUGAUUUAUAUUCAAUUUUCCUCGGCUUCAUUUAUAUUGUAACGGUUUUGUUCAACUCAUUUAUAAUUUCCAUAAUAUGGAUGGAUCAUCGCCUACACACUGCAAAGUACAUUGCGGUGGCUAAUUUAGGCGUUGUUGACUUGAUGUGCAGUUCAUCCUUUAUUCCUAGUACGAUCAAGACAGUUUUCACGAAAGAUACUUUCAUGUCCUACAAUGCAUGUUUGACACAGAUGUUUUUUUAUUACAGUUCUAUAAUGUUAGAGUCGUUUUCCCUCAGUGUACUUGCCUAUGACAGGUUUAUUGCGAUAUGUUUCCCAUUCAGACAGAGCUCGAUUAACAGUCCCACAAACAUGAUCUGUAUUUUAGUCAUUCUUUGGUCGCUUUUUGUAAGCAUCAUGCUGUUCUUGGUCUUGAUCUUGACAAAACUGUCUUUUUGUGAUUCACUCACUGUGCACUACUUCGUCUGUCAGUAUGCAGCCGUAUUCAGUCUGUCGUGCAAUGACAACACAAUGCAGUGGACCGCGACCACUACUUUGGCUAUCCUGCUUUCGUUUGGGUCCCUUAGUUUAAUCAUCAUCUCGUACGCCUGUAUUUUGAGAGCCGUGUUUAAAAUGAAAAGUGUGGACAGCAGGUACAAAGCACUUGCAACGUGCACAGAGCAUCUCAUUCUCGUGGCGAUUUUCUAUGUGCCGACCAUAACUCUGUACCUCACUGACCUUUUCUUAUUCCACGUCGAUCCAAAUGUCAGAAUGCUGAACUUGUCGUUAGCUUCCUGUAUCCCUUCCUGUUUGAACCCCAUUGUGUAUUCCCUGGCAACCAAAGAAAUCAGGAGCAGAAUACUGGCUAUGCUCCAGAAAGUUGCAUUGUGGGAGUACCGCUGCACGGAGAAACUUUUGGAGCGAGCUGCGCCGGGACAGAGCCGGGGAACGUUGCGGGAGUUGGGGGAGGAGCGGCGCCCGACAUCCAGCACCGGGGCCGGCGCCGACUCGCUUCCCAGCGGCGAGGCGCAGCCGGGGCUCUUCUCCCGGAACCGAACUUCCGUGCAGCGGCCAGCAGAACAGUCCGGGCCGCAGGCCAGUAGCCACUGA